AUGCAGGAGGCUGCAAGCAUUAGAGCCGACAGCGUGGAACGAACAGCGACACCGAAUUUUCCCGCCGAAUGUCCCGGAACUCCUUACUUGAACCACAAUGGUCAUCACCACGUCGUUACGAACGCUUCCCCACACUCGCCAUCGUCGUCAUCUGGACGCUCCGCCGCCACCACGGGCCCGUUGUCAUCGAAUGACUCGGGAUUCUCCGCAGGAGCCCAGCCGUCGGCGGAAAAACUGCCGCCGAAAAGCCCGCCGUCGUCCCGGCUUUCGUUCAAUCGCCGCGAUAGUCGUUGGGCAGAUAGGUCUUCAACGUACAUCAGUCAACACAAAUCCUCAGUAAUGGAGUCGCCUACUCGGCCGCAUCCUCCCGUCUACUUCCUGAGUCCGGCAUCCUGCUUGGCAAAAUCAGCAGACCGACUCGUCCGUGAGCAUUCGGAUGAUAGCGCCCCGCACCAAAGCGGAACAAGGCGCCAAGCGCUUGAAAUGGAGUUUGCAGUCAUCACGGCCGGAUUUUCCUAAAAACAAGAAGCCAGUGGGAGCGUCGAUGUCAUUUCAAAGGUAUCCUGCGUAU